AUGUUUAUAUAUUUCAUUUUAUACUCAGGCGAAAGCAUUCAAAAGACUCCAGCCCGCAAUUACGAAAUUUUGCGUAUAAAUUUUGUACAGCUGAUUCGUGUUUUGUGAUGUUUUUCCAACUUUUAUUCGUACGAAUAACACGACACUUUGUCCGAUUAGGUUAGGUCGUUUCAGUCAACGUCAUAGUGUUUUCCACGACACUUAUUUCUUCCGUGUAUUCUAGUUUCAUUGUGUUCAUUGUUUGCAUUUAAAAACGUUUUAGCUAUCGAGUAAUCAUGCCAUCCAUAGCACUUGACAUUUCUGGAGAAAUUGAUAAUUCAUACAAGAAAGAUCCCCAAAUAGGGAAUGGAUUUGAAUUUCCUCAACUGCCACUUGUUCAACUUGGUUAUCCACAAGCUCAGGAAUGGAUUCAACAUAGAAAGGCAAAUGUUAGACCGUGGUCAUUAUUUUUAAAUACAAACAAUAUUAGAAUUCCGCCAAACAUUUCAAGACUGAGUAAACGUAUUAUGAAAAAUAUUGAAUAUUUCGAAACCAACUACUUUUUUGUGUUUAUUGGAUUAGUUAUAUAUUGCUUAAUCACUUCGCCACUUUUACUACUAGCAGUCGCUGUUGCUCUUGGCACUUGUUAUAAAGUAUCUCAAAUUCAUGCUCGACAAGAAUUAAUAGUAUUAAAUCAUAAGUUAACACUCGCUCAAGUAUACGCGGUUAUUGGCAUUUGUUCUCUUCCACUAUUUUAUAUUGUUGGAGCUGGAGCCGCACUAUUUUGGGUAUUAGGCGUUUCAUGGUUUUUAAUAACAAUGCAUGCAUCAUUCUACAAUAUCGAUUCAGUGUUAUGUCCUGGAGAGGAUGAACUUCAUUCGGUAAUGCAUGAAGUAUAGCAAAUAGAUUCCUUAAAUUUUUCCAACACUGUAAGCAAUGACCAUUAAUUUGCUUAUGAUAGCUAACAAUAUAGUAAAAAGUGAUGAAUAACUAUAAAAGUGAAGAGAUGACAAUUUUU